CAAUCUUACCCCUUAUCCUUCGUACAAAGGAUAUCCCCUGGAUGGCUGGUUCAUUUAGCGCUCUCUCUCUCGUUUGCUCGUUCUGCCCUACACCAAAGACGGCGGCGCUUGGAGGUUCGACGGUGGCGAGCUUGGCAGGCGGAUCUGCUGCUCCAGCCGAGGUUUCCGAUGCCGGCCAGAAGCAGCCAAUGAGGACAGGAUCAGGCGGUAGAGGGUUGUGCCCCAGCUUGAAGGACAACACUAUUGGGGAUGAUCCGGAUGGGGUUUUUAGUAUUUCGAUUAGAGUUCUUCCUUAUGCUAUGAGGCUUGAUGAUGGAACCGUCAAGCAGUAUGAAAGGCAAGUCCCAUUCAAUGAUUAUGUUCAUGAGUACUUCUCAGUUCAGAGGUUUAUAGCAGCAUAUGAACGAGUGAUUGAACCAAUGACUGACAGAAGUAUGUGGCCAAAGGUUGACCUUGGCUAUGUCUUAGGGGCACCUCUUGGGAAAAUAGGAGUUGGCAGACAGAGAAAGAAUAGGAUCAAAAGCUUCCUAGAGGGAGGUAGCAGGAAAGGGAAAGUAGGAAAGGAUAAUGAGAAUGAGAAAGAAAAAGAGAAAGACAUAGAAAAGGGAAAGAAGAAGAUAAUGAUUAGAGGCCCAGUGACAUGCCGUAGGUGUAGAAAUAAGGGCCAUCGGCAGGCUAGCUACAAAUGCCCACUGAAUGGCACAAAAAAGAAGCCAAGGAAAAAUAAAACAAAGCAGCCGAGAACUGAUUCUACACCUAUGAAGUCUAACAUCACAAAGGGUCCACUACUGGAAGACAGCCCUGGGAUGCUCACAAGAAGGCGUCUAGCGAUGCUUAGGGGAGAACGCACUUCCAAUCAGAGCACUGCAGCAGCUCCUGCUACUCCAAGCACACCAACAGCUUCAGUUAAGACUGCUAGCAAGACUGCAGUGAAAAAGAUUACUCCAAAGAAGAGGAAAAGGAAUCUGGAAGACUGCUACUAAAACCAUCUCUUUUGUACCAUGAAAGUGCUCUAUUUUGUUGAGCCAUCUAAACUGUGUGAUGACUCCUCUAUUUUGUUCAACCAUCUAAAUUUUGUGAUGACUGCUAUCUUGAAUUAUGAUUUGUAUGCUAAAUAGUUGCAGGCUGAACCUUGCAACUCAUUAUGAAUGAAUGAAUCAAUGGACCAUGGUGCUGUUGGGUGUAAA